AUCGGGGAUGUCCGAAACAAGGGCCAACCGUUCAGCGUGCACAAGGAGAAAACACAAAUACUGUUUUCUAUUUAUUCUUUAUUAACAAAUCCCAUUUUCCAUUUUCGAAACUUUAGAAAAAAACACAGCAAAAUAAAAUAAGUAUUAGCAAAAUCUAACACAGAGAGAGAGAGAGAAAUGGGAAGUACGAGCACCAGCGCUGCUCUAAUCUCCCAUUUGCAGCUCAACAAAAGCUCCUUCAAGCUCGUCAAGUCAACCAGGACUGAGCUGAGGCUCAACUCUAUUAAACUGGGCGAUUCAAGGAGGGGGAGGCUGGAAUUCGGUGCUUCGCGGAGCAAGAAAGGUUUCGGUAGAGCCGUUUGUUUCGCCGCCGUUGAUGAUGAUGUCAAAGAAAAUCGACAACAAGACCUUACUAAAACCAGCAGCGCCUCAGCCAUCGAAGACAGACCUGAUGUGGCUAAUAUCUUAAGUGAAGAAACACCACAAAGGUUUGAGCAGAAUAAAGAAGGAAGUGGGCUUUAUAAUUUUCUUUAUCCUGAUAAAGAGCUCCUCCCAGAUGAUAAAGAAAUGACUAUAUUUGAUCAUCUUGAAGAGCUACGCCAAAGAAUAUUUGUGUCAGUGUUGGCUAUUGGAGGUGCUAUGUUGGGAUGCUUUGCAUUUUCAAAAGAACUGAUAAUGUUUCUUGAGGCCCCAGUUAAAACACAGGGUGUACGAUUUCUGCAACUAGCUCCUGGCGAGUUUUUCUUCACAACUUUAAAGGUGUCAGGAUAUUGUGGCCUUCUUUUAGGAAGCCCUAUAAUUCUGUAUGAGAUCAUAGCCUUUGUUCUUCCAGGAUUAACAAGAGCAGAAAGAAGGUUUCUGGGGCCUAUUGUUUUGGGCUCCUCAGUUCUUUUCUAUGCUGGUAUUACCUUCUCGUACUCAGUUCUGGCUCCAGCGGCCUUGAAUUUCUUUGUUACCUAUGCCGAAGGGGUUGUGGAAUCUUUGUGGUCCAUUGAUCAGUACUUUGAGUUUGUACUAGUGCUCAUGUUCAGCACAGGCUUGUCUUUCCAGGUUCCUGUUAUACAAUUUCUUCUUGGACAACUUGGUCUCGUCUCAGGGGACCAGAUGCUCUCAAUAUGGAGGUAUGUUGUGGUGGGUGCAGUUAUUGCUGCAGCUGUGCUCACGCCUUCAACAGAUCCUCUUACUCAGAUGCUUCUGGCGACGCCACUUUUGGGUCUUUACCUAGGAGGUGCAUGGAUUGUUAAGCUUACGGGACGCUGACUUGACAGUGCAACAAUUCAGUGGGCUCGUUUUGUAUAUUAUUAAACAAUGAGUCAUAGUGACAAGUAGAAAAAUCAGCCACCAAAUCUUCUGCUGAUUUCGGAUCAUCAUUGUAGAAUUGUUUUUGUUUUUACGUGUAUUGUAAACUUUUGCUAGAUAGCACAAUUGAUUGAUUAUGCGACUAGAAUGCGGAAUAAGACUUUAAACAUGGAAUGAGAAAGUAUUAAUAUUAGAGAAACAA